UCAAAUAUUAUAUAGACUACCUUAGAUUAGAUUGAAUAUGGCCCAAGAUUCAAAAUGGAGCAUUCAUGACAAUAUUUGGAACUUUUAUGUGACAGACCCUCAACUUCAUAGAAAAGGAUACACCAUCUAUAAAGUUACAUGUCAGGUAAUUAAUUCAGUGAAAGUGAAUAGUAUUCAAGUAAACCUGUCAUAAUUCUAAAAUUGAAGAAACUUAAUUCUAUCUUUAAUUUUGUUUUAUUUUCAAUGCAGGCUUUAACUCUUAGUUUGCUGUUGAAAGCACACUUUUUAUGAAAAUAGGCUUAGAUUAUGAGAUUCUUGGCACGUAAACAACACCCCUACCUAAAUUAUUUUUCUCAUAGAACCCUUCAAAAGACAUUUUGUUUCAAUGGAACCCUAAAUCUAUCACCACAGCCAUGUUCUGGUUUCUAGGAAACAUUAAUAUAGAUACACCCACAAACAUUUAUUUUGGUACCAAAAUCAUAAAAUAGUUUUUUUUAAACUGAUCUAUAUGUCAAUAGUUUAUUAUACAGAAUAUAUCUAUGAGUUUGUGGGAUGUGGUCAUCCAAAUUACUUCUAAAUUUGCUACAACACUUAGUAGAAUAGAUUUUCCCAGAAACUUUGGGAAAUAAAUGUUGUUUUUUGCAUUUCUGCAAAUGUUUUACUAUCUGUGCCAAUAAUCAGUGUUUAGUCUCAGCUAAGCUAAUUCAGUUAUUGAAUUUAUUUGAAUAUUUUUAUAGAGAUAUGGCCCAAAUAGCUAUCCCAAUGACCAUUUACUCAGUUAUGUAAAAAAAAAUCCACAAAAUAUGCAUGAAGUAUAACAAACGUUACAAUAAUUAACUAUGUGAUUCUCAAAUUGAAUAGACAUAUGUCUCAUUUUUAUCCCCAGACUUUUCCAAUCAAAUCUCCGGAAACCCUGACUGAGGUAAAGACCAUAACUGGAUAAAUUUUUUAUUGUGUUAAAAAUAGUAAUGUACACAUUUUAUAAACUACUUAGAAGUUUCCCAAUGAUUAAGAAAGAUUGUGAAUGUCUUUAUAGCAGUUACAUGAACUUGAGUAAUAGUUAUCGUAGCAAGUAGGGUUGCUCUGAUUUAUCAGCAGUUAACACUUUUAAAAAGUUUUGUGUGUGUGCUGGGAAGACAUGAAUAGCAUGAUGUGAUAUCUUUCAAAAAUUUCUUUUUUCCUUGCUCAUUUCCAAGCCUUUAUUUUAGUAUGUACAAAAUGGCACAGGCUUAGAUUUUACACACGUAUUAAUUUGAUAUGCUUUUGUGUGUAGAUUUAAAAUAAAAAAACUUGUGCAUCAUUCAAUGAAUAAACAUAGAAGGUGGAGUGCAUUCAUAAGGGACGAUGCAGAGUGUCUAUAAAAAAAAAUGGGGUCACAACUUUUCAUAGUUAUUAUUGAUAAUUAAUCAUUCAAUGUGCUUGUAAGUGAAACCUUAAUAGCAAGUACAUCUACAGUUGCACAUGUGAAUUAUAGAUAACAUUUGAAGUGGUUGUUAAAAUGAAAUUAUUAUCCAGAUUAAUGCUUAUAUAUUUUUUUCCAGCUUGUGUGUUGGAAAAGAUACAAUGACUUCAAGACCUUACAUAAGUCUUUGUUGGCAUUGCAUAAAGCUCUACACAGACGGGACCAGUUCCCAGAAUUUGCUAAACCAAAGCUAUUUGGUAGGAGUUUAUGUUUUAAUUUAAUGGCUUUUUCAUUGUUAAGUAUUAAAUCCUGAUUAUAUAAACAGAUUUAAACUGCUAAAAAUGAAAAAACUCAUUACAUUUUGUAAUGCCAAUUAUUUCCUUUUUUCGAAUACAACUGAAUUAAUAUUUUUUUGGUCCUCAGUAACAUUAGACCACUGUUUUGACUUUUUUGUUUGCAGUUAUUAGAAUUCUAUAUUUUGGUUGAAGAAAAUCAACUUUAAACUGUUGACUUAAUUAUAAUAAUCUUAUGGGAAACAAAUAAAAUAAUUAAACAUAUGUUUGAUUGAUUUUGCACUAUUCAGGUCGCUUUGAUGACACUGUGAUAGAAGAAAGGAGGCAAAGUGCUGUGGGUCUUCUAAAUUUUAUUGCUACACAACCACAUCUGUAUAAGUCCCUUGUGUUUAAACAGUUUUUAGAGGUACUUGUGCUAUAUUUU